AUGAGAACCAGCCAAUUCUAUGAAACAGGAAUCAAUACUCAACAAGGUGCUCACAACCAGCUUUAUGAAUCAGGAAUAAACACAAAUCAUAGCACAACCAGACAGCUUUAUGAAUUGGGAACACAAAAUAAUGAUUAUGGCACAACCAGAAAGCUUUAUGAAUUGGGAACCAAAACUAAUGAUUAUACAACCAGCCAACUUUAUGAAUGGGGAAUCAAUAAAAAUGAUUAUGCAACCAACCAAACUCAUGGAUCAAGAAACAAUACAUAUGCUUCUGCAACCAACCAACCUUAUGGACCAAGAACCAAUACCAAUGAUUUUGCAACCAACCAACCUUAUGGACCAAGAACCAAUACCUAUGAUUCUGUAACCAACCAACCUUAUGAACCAAUAACCAACACCUAUAAUUGUGCAACCAACCAACCUUAUGGACCAAGAACCAAUACCUUUGAUUGUGCAACCAACCAACCUCAUGAACUAAGAACCAAUACCAAUGAUUGUGCAACCAACCAAUCUUAUGGAGCAAGAACCAAUACCUAUGAUUGUGCAACCGAACAACCUUAUGGACCAAGAACCAAUACCUUUGAUUGUGCAACCAACCAACCUCAUGGACCAAGAACCAAUACCUAUGCUUCUGCAACCAACCAACCUUAUGGACCAAGAACCAAUACCAAUGAUUGUGCAACCAACCAGCCUUAUGGACCAAGAACCAAUACCAAUGAUUGUGCAACCAACCAACCUCAUGAACCAAGAACGAAUACCUUUGAUUGUGCAAUUAACCAACCUCAUGGACCAAGAACCAAUACCUAUGCUUCUGCAACCAACCAACCUUAUGGACCAAGAACCAAUACCUAUGAUUGUGUAACCAACCAACCUUAUGGACCAAGAACCAAUACCUUUGAUUGUGCAACCAACCAACCUCAUGGACCAAGAACCAAUACCUAUGCUUCUGACACCAACCAACCUCAUGAACCAAGAACCAAUACCUUUGAUUGUGCAACCAACCAACCUCAUGGAUCAAGAACCAAUACAUAUGCUUCUGCAACCAACCAACCUUAUGGACCAAGAACCAAUACCUAUGAUUGUGCAACCAACCAACCUUAUGGACCAAGAACCAAUACCUUUGAUUGUGCAACCAACCAACCUCAUGGACCAAGAACCAAUACCUAUGCUUCUGCAACCAACCAACUUUAUGGACCAAGAACCAAUACCAAUGAUUGUGCAACCAACCAACCUAAUGGACCAGGAACCAAUACCAAUGAUUGUGCAACCAACCAACCUUAUGGACCAAGAACCAAUACCAAUGAUUGUGCAACCAAUAACGAUGAUUGUGCAACCAACCAACCUUAUGAACCAUGGAUCAAUACCUUUGAUUGUGCAACCAACCAACCUCAUGGACCAAGAACCAAUACCUAUGCUUCUGCAACCAACCAACCUUAUGGACCAAGAACCAAUACCAAUGAUUGUGCAACCAACCAGCCUUAUGGACCAAGAACCAAUGCCAAUGAUUGUGCAACCAACCAACUUUAUGGACUAAGAACCAAUACCUAUGCUUCUGCAACCAACCAACCUUAUGGACCAAGAACCAAUACCAAUGAUUGUGCAACCAACCAACCUCAUGAACUAAGAACCAAUACCAAUGAUUGUGCAACCAACCAACCUAAUGGACCAAGAACCAAUACUGAUGAUUGUGCAACCAACCAACCUUAUGAACCAAGAAUCAAUACCUUUGAUUGUGCAACCAACCAACCUCAUGGACCAAGAACUAAUACCUAUGCUUCUGCAACCAACCAACCUCAUGGACCAAGAACUAAUACCUAUGCUUCUGCAACCAACCAACCUUAUGGACCAAGAACCAAUAACUUUGAUUGUGCAACCAACCAACCUCAUGGACCAAGAACCAAUACCUAUGAUUCUGCAACCAACCAACCUUAUGGACCAAGAACCAAUACCAAUGAUUGUGCAACCAACCAACCUAAUGGACCAAGAACCAAUACUGAUGAUUGUGCAACCAACCAACCUUAUGAACCAAGAAUCAAUACCUUUGAUUGUGCAACCAACCAACCUCAUGGGCCAAGAACUAAUACCUAUGCUUCUGCAACCAACCAACCUCAUGGACCAAGAACUAAUACCUAUGCUUCUGCAACCAACCAACCUUAUGGACCAAGAACCAAUACCAAUGAUUGUGCAACCAACCAACCUCAUGGACCAAGAACCAAUACCUAUGAUUCUGCAACCAACCAACCUUAUGGACCAAGAACCAAUACCAAUGAUUGUGCAACCAACCAACCAUAUGGACCAAGAACCAAUACCGAUGAUUGUGCAACCAACCAACCUUAUGGACCAAGAAUCAAUACCUACGAUUGUGCAACCAACCAAUCUUAUGGGCCAAGAACCAAUACCUUUGAUUGUGCAACCAAUCAACCUUAUGGGCCAAGAACCAAUACCUUUGAUUGUGCAACCAACCAACUUAAUGAAAUAGGAAUUAAUGAAAAUAAUUAUUCUAACAAGCAAUUUUAUGAAUUGGAAAUCAAUACAAAUAAUUGUGCAAUCAACCAACUUUAUGGAUUGGAAACCAAUACAAAUUAUUAUUCUAACAACCAAGUUUAUUCGGGUACCAAUACAAAUAAUUGUGCAACCAACCAACUUAAUGAAAUAGGAAUUAAUGAAAAUAAUUAUCCUAACAAGCAAUUUUAUGAAUUGGGAAUAAAUACAAAUAAUUGUGCAAUCAACCAACUUCAUGGAUUUGAAGCCAAUAGAAAUUAUCUUUCUAACAGCCAAGUUUCUUCGGGUACCAAUACAAAUAAUUGUGUAACCAGCCAACUUUAUGAAAGGGGGAUCAAUGAGGGUGAUUAUGCAACCAACCAACUUAAUGAAUUACAGAUCAAUACAAAUAACAAAGCUACCUACCAGUUUUAUGAAUUAGAGGUCAAUUCAAAUAAUGGUGCUGUUUACAAUCAGUCUACUAAUGUGGGAAAUAUUACUAAUUCUACAAUCCUAUCUGAGCAAAGCAAUAGGACAAUAAUAAACAACACAAACACCAUUAAAAGUCAGGUAAGUCUGAUAAAUGACAUGACUAUGGUUAAAUAA